AUGCUGGUUCCCCUCGCGAUUCUCGCAAUUUUCUUGAGAUUUUCGCACGGCGCAUCACCGCAACAAAGUUUCGAGUGCGGUGCGUGUUUUAUGGUGUUAAAUGAGACGACGACGCGAAUUUUGGCGGCGGAUCCGACGAAAAAAAUCGAUGUGGGAAGUUUUCGAGUUUCGCCGGAUGGACAGCAGAAAGGAAUCAAGCAGGUGAGUGGAAUUUGACGGGUUUUGAGGAAAAACGGGGGAUUUUUAAGCUAAAAUACAGUGCAACAAAAUGCAAUAUUUCAGGUUUCCUACUCGAGAUCCGAUGAAUUUUUGUUCGAAAUUCUGGACGAUAUUUGCACAAAAUCAUCGAAUUAUUAUUUGACUGUAAGUUUUUCUUUUUUCCUUUUUUUAAUCAAUAAUUUUGAAUGAUUUUUAGAUGAACAAAUCGACUGGAAAACUUGUUUAUAGUUUCAAUUCGAAUGUGCCAAAUGAUAAGAAGACGAAGAAAAUUCGAGCCGAUUUGAGAAAUGCGGUGAGAUCUUUUUGCGGCAAAACUAUUUCGACAAUUUUUGAAAAAGUCUUGGAGAAAACACUGGGUUUUCAUUGAAUUUUUUUUAAUACAAAAGUUUAGUGAAACAGUGAAAUUUUUUUGAACCAAAAUUUGAAUUCGAAUAUUUUCGCCAAAAACGAACGGGAUUUCAAAGAAAUGUUUAAAUUUCAGAAUUUUUCGAAACGUACUUUUUUUCAAAUUUUUGCCUGCGAAAUCUACUUACAAUAAUCUAUAAUAUUUUGCAGUGCGAUGAUUUUCUCGAUUCUCAAAUCGACGAAAUUGUGAAAUUCCUCAAAAACGAACACGAUGAACCAAUCAAACAAUUUUGCCAAAUUGAAAAAGGUUCGAAAAAAUUUCCAGAAACAUUUUAUUGAUUUUUUUUGUUUUGCAGGAAUUUGUUCGGCAGUUGAUGUAACUCCAUUUCCAAUCGAAGAAAUUCCAGAAGAACCUUUGACUUUGGCCGAUAUUCCUGAAGAUGAACUUUAA